CUCCUCCAGAGAGGGGAUCAUGGCAAUGGCAGGGUACGUGUAUUUGCGUGCGUAUUGAUCGUCUACGUUGCCAUAGAGCAGUUUCUCAUAUUAUCCCUCAAUGCCUAACAGUACCGCUAGUCCCUCGGCUUCUCUGCUACCUCUCGUCGUCUUUCGUCGUCUCGCUAUUAUCUCUAUAUCCCCGUUGCGGUAGCUGAAGAGUCGUCAGCUCAUCGACCUCAAUUCAUAUUCAGACCACCAUCAUCUAAUUGAUUCGUGUUAUCUAUUAAGUGCCUUACCUCCUCGGGUUAUCCCGUGGCUGAAUCCUAGGCCGAGCUGCCUCCGAUUUACGUAGACGGCGUCGCAGACAGUCCAGAUCGUAGCGACCUGGAAGCAUCCACCCAUUCGCUUCCCUCUCCGCCUCGCAUUCAAAGCUACGACUACUACCUCCCACCCGUCAUCGAUGGCUGUCCGGUAGCUUUCGAUUAUGCUGAGUGUUCACAUCAGACGAUGCCCAGGACCAGAGCGCAUUUGCGCAGCUCUCGUCGCGUGCCCUCGCUGAAAGACAGCGAAAUUGAUCAUGAAAUUAAUAUUUUCGACCGCGUAGAAGACGCCGAAGACGCAGACGCGGGGUCGCGGACGCCCGAACCCCAGAGCGCGACCGACCGACCUACUUCGAGCCAAUACUUGGUGCCCCCCCAAAUUCGCGUCCCUCCUGCCGACCUACCCAAAACGGACGAUGCGCCGUCGCCGAGCGAUGCAGGCCCAUCAGGCGGGCAGGAGGAUGCGUCGCGGAUUUCCGUCGGGGACGGGAAUGCCCCGGCUUCGAUAGGAGGGAAAGGGCAGGCCUCGACAGAGGAUGAGGGCCCGGAGAGGACAUCCAGCAGCACCAUACGCCCUGGACGCCGACAGCCAGCGAAAGAGCCCGAGACUGCCAUCGACAUACUGUACGAAAACCAGCGCGGAGGUUUUCUCUGCGGCAUUCCCCUCUUCUCUUCCGCUGCGCUGGGAAACCUCGACCCGGCGCCCUGGACAAAUUUCGCCCACAAGACCAGUCCGACCGACAUAUACACCGCCCAGGUGCCCGAUCCGAGUUGGGAAUGGGCCUGGCCCGAAUGGCGCGUGAAUCACGACGAUACGAUCGGAGCCGACGAGGACGGCUGGGAAUACUCAUUCAUGUUCUCCAAGAAGUUUUCCUGGCACGGCCCUAGCUGGUAUAACUCGUUCGUCCGGAGGCGGGCCUGGAUCAGGCGGCGCAUCAAGAAAGGCCUAGGAUACCAAGCGAACGACCCGCACCUGAUGAGCCCCGAGUACUUCUCGGUUACGCCCUCACGAGGCCGCCAGCGUAGUCGUAGCAGGGGUACCGACGGAGCCGAAGGGGAGAGCGUCGGCCAGCAGAAAUCCACGAGGUCUCAAGACACCGUCCGGAGAUCGCGGGACAGCCGACGGGGCGACGUGGACGCGGCAUCGGUCAAGGCAGACAUAACAACCGUAGAUGAGCUCUUGUCAGAGCUGAGGAACACGCGCAUCGACCGCGAGAAGCUCGAGGCCGUGGGGAACUACAUUGAGCAUUGCUCGGACGACCUGGAUCAGCUGCCCGGCUCGGUGCACGACAUCAUGUCCUCGUUCGUGUUCCAGGCGUCGCGGAGGCUACUCCUCGCGCGGCUCACGCAGAUGCACGACGAGGUAGAGCGGAUCGAGAAACUGCAGGAGAUGCAGGAGCCGCGGCCGCAAACGCAGCAGGAGGAGAAGGGAAAAUCACCGGCGACGGCGCCACGGGAUGAGCAGCAGAAGGGGGAUGGGGCAGAGGGACAGCAGCAGAAGCUGAAGCAGCAAAAGAGGAGAGAGAACCUCGUCGAGGCGGUCAAGCAGGCAGACGAGGAGGUGCGCAGGCUCGAAUACUGGAGCGACAUCAAGGGCAUGGCGCAGAGCGGCGAAUCCUGCGGCGCGGUGGACAGCGGGAAAGGCUGGGAGGACGGGUGGCGGGGACUCGACAAGAGCGGGCCGCGGGGCGUCCGGGACGAGGGUGACCCGCUGCCACGGUGAGGCGAGGGGUCUACUAGAGCCUGCCUGUCCCGGAGAUACGCAUGACACGACGAUGGCUACGAGUCUGGCCGCUACGACGACGGUUCACGGGGACGCAAGCUGCGACUAUGGGCUAUGAAUACGGCCAGGAGGUGGCCACGCACACGUGGGAGAGGCAUGCCGUGUGCAGGUGUGACUACGUAGGCAUGUGAAGGCGUCGUGA